AUGGCAAACACGGUAGCAGAGAUGGCCCGGAGGAAGGCCCGGGAGGAGGAUGGAGCCGGUUCCCGGGACAACGCCGUUUCCUUCAACCAGCAGAGCUUUGAGCAGCUGCAGAGCGAGUGUCUGCAGAGCGGAUCACUGUUCUGUGACCCGACCUUCCCUGCAGCCUGGGACUCGCUGGGAUACAACCAGCUGGGACGCUACUCCUCCAAAACCAAAGGCGUGGAGUGGAAACGGCCCGCGGAGCUGUGUUCUAAUCCUCAGUUUAUUGUUGAUGGAGCGAAGAGAACGGAUAUCUGUCAGGGAGAACUGGGUGACUGCUGGCUGCUGGCGGCGAUCGCCUCCCUGACUCUGGAUCCUCAGAUUCUGAGCAGAGUGGUUCCUCCCGGACAGAGCUUCAGCUCGCAGUACGCCGGCAUCUUCCACUUCCAGCUGUGGCAGUACGGGGAGUGGGUGGACGUCGUGGUGGACGACCGGCUGCCAACCAGAGACGGGAAGCUGCUGUUCGUCCACUCGGCGGAGGGGGACGAGUUCUGGAGCGCUCUGCUGGAGAAAGCCUACGCCAAGGUGAACAGCUCGUACGAGGCUCUGACCGGAGGUUCGAGCAUCGAGGGUUUCGAGGAUUUCACCGGAGGAAUCGCAGAGAGCUAUGACUUGAUGAAAGCUCCGCCCUUCCUGUUCAACAUCAUGAGGAAGGCUCUGACGCGUGGCUCGCUGCUCGGCUGCUCCAUCGACAUCUCCAGCGCCUAUGACACGGAGGCUAUCACCAGUCAGAAGCUGGUGAAAGGACACGCCUACUCCAUCACUGCAGCAGAGCAGGUUCAUCACGGUGGUUCUGUGGUGGAGCUGCUGAGAAUCAGGAACCCCUGGGGACAGGUGGAGUGGACCGGAGCCUGGAGCGAUGAUUCGAAGGAAUGGGAUGAAGUUGAGCCGGAGGAGAAGAGGAAGCUGGAUCACUCAGCUGACGAUGGAGAGUUCUGGAUGUCCUUCUCUGACUUCCUGAUCAAGUUUUCCCGCCUGGACAUCUGUAACCUGACCCCCGACACGCUGACCAGCGAGACCGUGGGCCGCUGGAGCUACGCCGAGUUUGAGGGCGCGUGGAGGGUCGGCUCCACCGCCGGCGGCUGCAGGAACUAUCCUGCUACCUUCUGCUCUGACCCGCAGUUCUUUAUCCGUCUGGAGGACGUAGACGAUGAUCCGCACGACGGCGAGGACGGCUGCACCGUUCUGAUUGGUCUGAUGCAGAAAGACGCUCGUAGGGAGAGACGCUUUGGACGAGACCUCAACACCAUCGGGUUCUCCAUCUACAAGGUUCCUGAUGAGUAUAAGGGUGGCAGUGGCGUGCGUCUGGGCCCGGACGUCCUGCUGCGGGCGGCGCCGGUGGCUCGCACUCAGAACUUCACCAACCUGAGGGAAAUGAGCGAGCGCUUCAAGCUGCCGCCCGGAGAGUACGCCAUCAUCCCCUCAACCUUCGAACCGCACCGCGCAGGAAGCUUCAUCCUGCGGGUGUUCACCGAGAAACACGCCCACUCCAGUCCGAUGGAGGAGGAGCUAAGCGCUGACAUCCAGGAGCCGGAUGUCGGACAGAGCGACGUGGAUCCACAUUUCAAGCGUCUCUUUGUGCAGAUCUCUGGAACUGACUCGGAGAUCUCGGCCUUCGAGCUGCAGCGGGUUCUGGACCGAGUCGUCUCUCAGAGGUCAGAUGUGAAGACGGACGGCUUCAGUCUGGAGACCUGCCGCAGCAUCAUCAGCCUGCUGGACAUGGACGGCAGCAGUAAACUGGGUCUGCUGGAGUUUCACCAUCUGUGGACGAAGAUCCAGAAAUACCUGGAGAUCUUUAAGAGUCACGACUCGGACGCUUCUGGUACGAUGAGCAGUCAUGAGAUGAGAGCUGCUUUGGCUGAAGCUGGUUUCCAGGUGAACAGCUCUGUGAUUCACGAGAUCGUCAAUCGAUACGCAGACACAAGUUUUGCCAUUGACUUUGAUUGUUUCAUCGGCUGCCUGAUCCGACUGGAGCUGCUGUUUAAGAUGUUCAGAACUCUGGACCAGAAGAAGGAGGGCAGGAUCCAGCUAGACCUGCAGCAGUGGCUCUGUCUCGCCAUCAACUGACCAAGGAGCAUGCUGGGAGUUUUCACCUGCAGAUUAAACAUGAUCAGGAACAGGAAGUCUGUUUAAAUGUUUUAAAUCUGUGAAAACUUUAUUCACCUAUUUAAAUAAAACUGAAUCUGAACACUA